CUGCGACUAUAGAUUCCUGCUCAACUCUCACACUCACUCGCCACUGGCGCGCGCUAUGUACACAGCAAUUAAACAAGCUCGUUUGAAUGACAAAUUCCAGGAUCCUCUAUAUCUGUUUUUGGAGCUCGUAAGGGCUGGGGUAAUGCAUGGCCACCUAUGGUCAGGCCGAGCAUUCAGUGGGGGCCCAAGUUUCGGGACCGAUGAUGAGAAAUCUUGUAUGCUGCUGGUCAUGAGAGUGCUUAGCAUCGUGCCUUUGAACUUCAAGUCACAACCUUGGUCGGCACCGUUAUCACGUGAAUUGCUGGUGUUUAACUCCUUUGUGCGUUCCCUGACUCGGGCGCUCCGAACGCUACUUGAGGUGACGACAUUGAACAUGUUACUACGUUCGGACGCGCGCCGAGCACGGGAAGACCUUCUGGACAUUACUAUCUCCCUGCCCUUCCAAUCUGAGGUGAACACUGGAUUUGGAGUGCUUGCGAAGGUGUACCUGGAUGCCCUGACCCACCUGAAUAAUCAAACGCGAGUACUUGACCCUAAUGCAGAAGGCGUUAGAGAGUCGAAGGCUAUGGCCCUCGAGAUAUGUGAAGACACGUUUCCAGGAGUGAAGACUCCGAAACAAGAAGUGGAACGAGGAUUCCGGUUCUGGGACAUUGCGCUGUCUGCCAUGAGGCAACUUCACUCUGAGGGUGCUGUCCUUCGCGAGUUGAUUGACCAGUUUGAAGCAGCAGAGGCGUGGCUUGCGCCGAUGAGGCCAUGAGAUUAUCGAUCAUGAUAGGUAGUUGAUUGAAAAUAUUUUUCGAUCGCUCUGUGCAAGUGCCCUGUUGAGGUGUUGUGUAGUUUCGAAUAGAAAAUAGCCUAUUGUGACAGCGCGAUUUAUUCGGAAGUGAGGAAGCGAUCAAUUACAAUGGAACGCAAAGGCCGUUAGAAAGGGUACAAGGAGG